UCAUAUUUUAAAUGACUAUUUUUCUGUAACUGUUGUUAUUCCUUCAAAGCAAAGUACUAUUAUCUUCAAUUUAUGGAGCAGUUUACGUAAAAAGACAGAAAAUGAUAGCAAUUUGUUUCCACCUGCAAAUGUAGAAUUAGAUGAAGAAAUCAACAAAUAUUUAGAUAAUAUAUUUUCUAUUUUUAAGAGUAAAGAAACUCUUAAUGCUGAAAAUAUAUUCGAAGAAGUAGAACUUAAAUGA